GCUUUCAUAAUGUCUUCCAAGCGUAAAGCAGACUCUUGCUAUGGCAGUGCGUCGAAGAGAGAGAAGGUGAAAAGUGAAGUGAAAUUACACAUACCUGUAAAUGUUCAGAAAGGGGAGAAACGUUGGCCAACUUUGGCCGCAUGCUUGGUCUAAGCCAGGAGUGUCCAAGAUUUUUCCACAGAGGGCCACACACUAAAAAAUUAGGAUGCUGCGGGGCCACUUUGAUAUUUUUACAUGUUUUGUUUUUUACUUUUUACCUUUUAAAAAGGCAAAAAUAUCUUUUUAUAUAUGAUAUAUUUUAAGACUACUUUUUGUUACUAUUAGUUAUUAUCAACAUUUGAGCUUUUUAUCCUCACAUUGAGCAAUUUUGCUGCUUUUUUUAAUAUAAUUUUUUUUUAAGCGCAGACUGCAUCCCUUGUCUAAGCCGUCGGACUGUCAAAGGACUGACGAUAAAGUUGGUAUACUUGAACAUGUGAAAGAGUCUGCUUCUAUGAAAUGGAAAAUGAUAACUAAGCAGCAAAGAAGUGUCAUUAUUGAGACUACCUACUCCCUGCAGCCUGUCUCCCCCUCCCUUUCAAUGCCCUUUCCAGUGUACAGGACAAACAAAUGGUUACAAGUAAACCAUUUUUGUUACUGCUUCAUUUCAUUAUUUGCAAUGUGGGUGAUUUUGGUAUUAAGGUAUAAUUUUUGACUUACAGUAAAAAUCAGCUUUUAGACCUCGUUUUGGCAUUGACAUAUCUACCCAUCACCCAACCCAAUCCAGAUGCAUAAAACAGCCUCUUUUUGGACAAGCACAGUUUGGUAAACUUAGUGAAAGGUUGAAGUACAAUACUGAGACUUCUGUUUUGUUUUCAAAGGAAAGUAAACUCUGACACACAUAACUGGACGUGUUUUUUGGAGGAGGUCGUCAAUCAAAUUUAAUAUUACGGUAAAACGAUGAAUACAAGCAUUACGGUGUCGAUGGAAUGACGUCAGAGGAAAGGAAGAUGGCUGCUGUGCUGAAGGCGGAAGUGGGGCAGUGUAGGUGGCCGUGCACGGUGUGAGACAUCCUGCAUAGACUCAUCGCCAUGAGCAACAAGGAGAUGGUUUCCACAGUGACAGAGAAUAAAGGUCAGAGGAAGGUGUUCCUUCCCAACAAGCUGCUGGAGUGUCUCCCUCGCUCGUCCAGUCUGCCAAACGAGCGUCUCAGGUGGAAUACUAAUGAGGAGAUUUCAUCUUACCUGGUAACCUUUGAGAAACACGAUGAGUGGCUCUCUUGCACCCUGAAAACCAGGCCAAAGAAUGGUAGCAUCAUCCUCUACAACAGAAAGAAGGUCAAAUUCAAGAAAGAUGGCUACUGCUGGAAGAAACGCAAGGAUGGAAAGACCACCCGCGAGGACCACAUGAAGCUGAAGGUGCAAGGCAUGGAGUGUCUCUAUGGUAAUUACGUCCAUUCCUCCAUCAUGCCAACAUUCCACCGGCGGUGCUACUGGCUGUUGCAGAACCCAGACAUUGUGCUGGUCCACUACCUGAAUGUGAUCCCCCUGGAGGAUUCUGGGAAAUUCAGUCCACUGCUGUGUGCCCUGACCAGUCGCCAUGACAGCAUGAAGUGGAGCCGAGAUGAUCUGCUGAGUCAGCUCAAGCCCAUGUUUCACAGCAUCAAGGCUUCCGGGGAUACUGUCGAUUUUAGCAUUGAGGAACUCGUACAGCUCAUCCUGGAUCGCCAGAGAACCAAACCACAGCCGCGCACGCACGCUUGCCUCUGCAACACCAGCCAGGGAGGGAACAUUCCUCACAGCUGCAACAGCACUAAGCAUCGCAUCAUCUCCCCCAAGCUGCCCCCCUCCUCCUCCUCACCUCUCUCCUCGGAGACAGGGGAGCUAGGGGGAGGCGGGGGAGAUGCCAAACUGCCUCACCUCCAGGCACAGAGCAGCCCCGCCUCAUCCCCACGCCCCCCUUCCACCUCGGCCUCAUCCCCCCGGCAGCCUCACUUGGGAAACCAUGGCAACGCUUUCUACGGCGACCACCAUGGCAACCUGACCGCAGUGGCACUGCCACAUAAUGCGGUUAUUGUCAUGGCAACCACUACAGCCAUCUCAGGGGGGUCAAAAAUAGAGGAUCCCCCCAGCCACUUAUUACUCCCCCCAUCCCUACACCAUCCUGGAAAACCUGCCUCCCCCUGCCCUCCCUCCCCCACAACUCCUUCCCUGCCCAUUCCUGCCCACACACCUGGGAUGACCACCCUGUCACUCGCUGUCCUUCCCUCCCCUGUCAUAGGAGGCCUGCCUCUCAACCCUUCCUCUUCUGCCUCCCUCUGCUCUCCCCCUCCUCCUCCUCCUCCUCCACUGGCAACCUCCCCUUCCCCUCCCCUCUCAUUUUUCUCCUCUCCCUCCCCUUUCCUCCCACCUGCCUUUGACCCUGACUCCUUUCUGAACUCUCCCAAGCAGGGCCAAACAUAUGGCGGCCCACCUCCUCGUUCGAAUUGCACCCCUUCCCCUGUCAUCUGCUCCUGCUCCCCCCUCUCUCCUUCCUCCCUUGCGCUCUCCCCCACAUCAACCCCCCCCUCAUCAAUCUCCCCUCCUUCAUCCCUCUCCUCCUCCUCCUGUGAGAAUGACAGAAAGGACUCCAUCUCCCUUCCCCCCUCCCUCUCCUUGUCCCCCACGUCUUCAGUGGCCCCGGCCAUACUCCCACUCUGUUUGGAACUCGGACCUCUUGGCGAGUCAGAGGAGAAAGACCAGGGAGGUGGUGACGAUGGUCGCAGCUUAGCUCCUCCCACAAAGCUAGCACUGCUGCAGCCCAGCCACUCUUCCAGUGGGUCACCACGGCGCCAGACGGGAUGUAGUGCUGUUUCACUGCCCUCAGAUGGCCAGACCAAGCAGUCAUCCAACCAGGAACAGCCCUAUGGUCACCUGCCAGGACCUGAUACUCCGCCCUUGCCUUCUUUAUCCCAUCAGCCUAUUCCGCAACAGUCUGAUAACCAAGAAGACGUCACCAUGGAAACCUCUGUCCAGUCAGCAGCCAUCUUACAGGUGAAGGAGGGCAUUGGGAGGGGCAAUGAUUCCGAGGCCCCUCUCAUGGACACCCAACUGGAAGCAGAGCCCUGUGGGCAGGAAGGAGAGGAGCUUGUAAUCUCCUUUGAUAGCCAAUUUCCUGACCUCAUCUCUGACCUCAUCACAGAGGAUGCAAAUCCUGUCGCACCUCCUCCUCUCGCCGCCGUCACGGAUGUGGGUGCCCACCAGGCCGUGUUCCCAACUGGAAUUCGCUACAUGGUGCCGCCCCAGCCCUCCCCCUCUUCUUCCUUCCUUCCCUUUCCUCACCCACUGCCGUCUACGUCCCGACUUGCCUCCAUCACUGAUUUCUCGCCUGAGUGGUCGUAUCCCGAGGGUGGGGUUAAAGUAUUGAUCACAGGACCGUGGAGUGAGCAGCUAGGUCAAUACUUGUGUGUGUUUGAUCAGAGCGCUGUUCCAGCAUCACUGAUCCAGCCUGGUGUGCUCCGCUGCUACUGCCCUGCCCACGAGGCCGGCCUAGUCUGUCUUCAGGUUCUGGAGUCUGGAGGUUCUGUUUCCUCAUCAGUUCUGUUUGAGUACCGUGCAAGAAAUGCCAACUCGCUGCCCAGCUCUCAGCUCGACUGGCUCUCAUUAGAUGACAAUCAGUUCAGAGUGUCCAUCCUGGAGCGCCUUGAGCAGAUGGAGCGCAGGAUGGCAGCCAUGGCUGCUCGCGAUGUUACACAACAACGACAGCAGUGGCAGCAGCAUGGUAACCGGUUGGCUACACCCCCUCCUCCACACACACCUGAGGACUGUGACCAGGUAAGGAGACUAACCAUUAACUUUGGGGAGGAAGUGCCAUCAUCUGACUGUGUGCGUGCAUGCCAGUCGUCCCAGUGGUUUGAGAGGAGGAUCAUUCGAGUGUGUGAGAGGAUGAUGAGAGGAGUGCGAUGGAGUGGUGGUGAAGAAGAGAGGCUUCAUCACUCUGUGCGUCACCGUGGGAUGACACUGCUGCACCUAGCGGCCGCACAGGGUUACACAUACCUGAUACAUACGCUCAUCACCUGGAGGCGUGUUCACAGUGACAGUUUGGACCUGGAGCAGGAAGUUGAUCCUCUCAACGUGGACCACUUUUCCUGCACGCCGCUGAUGUGGGCAUGCGCUCUGGGCCACCAGAGGGCAGCAGAGCUUCUCUAUGGCUGGAAUAGUCUGGCUCUAGGCAUCCCAGACUCACUGGGCCGUCUCCCGCUCGCUGUGGCCCGCUCCCGAGGACACACGUGUCUUGCUGCCGCUCUGGAGGACCUGCACAUGCAUGCGCAUGUGACUCCCAGAGACUCACUUGCACACCCUCCAGCUUCACCUAUGUCUACGAGCCCAGACACAGGUCUCAGCUCUUCCAGCAGCCUCCCCUCCCCAAGUGAUCCCUGCUCCCCCUCCCAAAGCUCUGCCUACUCUAGUUACUCUGCCCCCAUGGACACCUCUCCCUCCUCUCCCCUGUCUCCAUUAUCUUCCACCUCAUCCUUUCCUGUCUCAUCGACCCCCCCUACCUCCUUGGCUGUGUCGUCUGCAUGGGGGGAGGUGCCAAACGCAGCUUUGAACCGAAGCGACCUCACGGAGUGUAAGAGCGAGAGCCCUGCUUCCCCUGUCCUCCCCCACAUGACACCGACGCUGGCGGAGCAUCUCCUGAGCUACAGUGAGAAUGUGGAGAAUGAAGGAGAGGAGGAGGUGCUGCAGGUUGACAUGGCCACGCUGGCGGAACAAAUCAUUGAGGCGACACCAGAGCGAAUCAAACAUGAGGACUUCACCAGGGGGGCAGAGUCACUGCUUUGUGAGAGGCGGGACAAUCCGGCUAUAGAGGACACCUGGUUGGCAACCUACCUGGACACGGUCGACACCCAUACACAAUCCCUGCCCAGGCGGAUGUGCCCCCCCUCACCUCUCAGCGCAUUGGCCCUCCAAAGGCUCCGCCCCCCUUCCUCUGUGGCAUGGGCAGAGUUUCUAAAUGCAUCAGCCAAUGGAAAGAUGGAGAGGGACUUUGCCUUGUUGACACUGACGGACGGCGAGCAGAGGGAACUCUAUGAGGCCGCCAGGAUAAUCCAAAACGCCUUCAGGAGAUACAAGGGUCGCAGGUUGAAGGAGCAGCAGGACAUGGCCGCAGCCGUUAUUCAGAGAUGCUACCGUAAAUACAAACAGCUAACAUGGAUAGCUCUGAAGUAUGCACUCUACAAAAAGAUGACACAAGCGGCCAUUCUGAUCCAGUCCAAGUUUCGCUCGUACUAUGAGCAGAAACGCUUCCAGCAGAGUCGGCGUGCAGCUGUGCUCAUCCAGCAGUACUAUCGCAGCUACAAGGAGUACGAAAGGCUCAAGCAGGGCCCUGGCAGCGGCGCAGGCCACAACCCGAGAAUCAAGGGGACCUUCUUGACCAAGAAGCAGGACCAGGCGGCACGCAAGAUCAUGAGGUUCCUGAGACGCUGCAGACACCGGAUCAAGGAGCUGAAGCAAAACCGAGAACUGGAGAGGCGAGGACUGACCACAUAGACAUCCUACAGGGCGAGGACACGUUGACUGUCCUAAUGAAUGUAGUUUCUGGCAAGGAGCUCGUGGAGGGUUUCAUCGCAAUCAUAUUGACAUGUUAAAGGUGGUCAUGUGACGUACAUACAUCUUGUCGCAUGAAUCUCCAAACAAAUGUGUGCGCGUAUAUAUAUAUAUAUAUAUAUAUAUAUAUAUAUAUAUAUAUAUAUAUUCAUAAACCCUGUGCACAGGGACUUUAUAGAUGCUUUUAUUUAUGAGUACAAGUCUUAAUGAACUGUGACAUCUUUUCACCAAUGACCCCUGCGUGUGGCACUGAUCUGAACUUGAAAUUCAUGAGCGUGUGCUUUAGAACGCUCCAAGACUCCACCUCUUCAUCUAGAUGUUGAAUACGCUGUCAUCAUGGCAACCCAUGAGCGAGCAUGAGCUCACACCUGUGUGCAUGAGUUGGUCAUUUCCUGCUUGUUUGUUCACACAGUGCUACCUUCCAGCCUCUGGUGUCACUGCAUUUUUAUGACUGCUCCAAGCAUUAGAAAGGAGGCAUGUAGAGAAAAAUAUCUGCUUUAUUUCAUAUAAAAGCUGCGGCUCUUCAGCUUUGGACAUAAACAAAGCAAAGCAUUG